CCCACCAUCCAACCUCACCAAAAAUAAUCCAGUCUCACCAACCCAUCUCCACAAUACUUCUCCCCCACUCACCAAACCAAGCCUAUUAUUUUUUCAAUCCCUUUCCCUUUUACCAUUUUACCCUCCAACAUUUCCAUUAAUUUCCAUCUUCUCCUUUCACCAACCCUCUUCAACGUCUUGACCCACCAAUCUCCCCUAUAUCAAUAUCAGAAAUUUUCCUCCACCUUUCUCAGGGGGAACUUCAGUUCAGCCUUCCAAAAACAGAGUCAGAGCUCCCUCAUCACUUUCUUCAUCUCUCUGCAACUUCUUACAAUGGAGACCCAAGUCAUAAAACAACAGGAAGAGACUAUAUUUCGGUCCAAGCUCCCUGACAUCUACAUCCCCAAGCACCUCCCUUUACAUUCCUACGUAUUUGAGAAUAUUUCUAGCCACUCUUCAAGGUCCUGUUUGAUAAAUGGUGUCACCGGCGAUGUCUACACCUACGCUGAGGUGGAGCUCACCGCACGUAGAGUCGCUUCCGGGCUUAACAAACUCGGUGUUAAACAAGGCGAAGUUAUAAUGCUUCUGUUACAUAACUCUCCCCAAUUCGUGCUCUCCUUUAUUGGAGCUUCAUAUCGUGGAGCCAUUGCCACAGCUGCCAAUCCUUUCUUUACUCCAGCGGAGAUAGCUAAGCAAGCUAAGGCCUCCAACAGCAAACUCAUAAUCACACAGGCUGCUUACGCUGAGAAAGUCAAAGAUUUAGCCAGUGAUCAUGGUAUUAAAGUCUUGUGUAUUGAUUCGGCUCCUGACGGUUGCUUGCACUUCUCCGAGCUAUCGGAAGCCGAUGAGAGAGACAUGCCAGACGUCGACAUUAGCCCUGAAGACGUGGUGGCGCUGCCUUAUUCAUCGGGGACGACCGGAUUGCCAAAAGGGGUGAUGUUAACUCACAAGGGGCAAGUCACCAGUGUAGCACAACAAGUCGAUGGAGACAAUCCCAACUUGUAUUUUCAUAGCGAAGAUGUGAUUUUAUGUGUGCUUCCCAUGUUCCACGUAUAUGCUCUGAACUCGAUCAUGCUUUGUGGGUUGCGAGUUGGGGCUGCCAUUUUGAUUAUGCCAAAGUUUGAGAUUGGUGCCCUGUUGCAGCUGAUACAGAAAUAUAAGAUCACGAUUGCUCCGAUUGUGCCACCGAUUGUUUUGUCCAUUGCCAAGUCGCCAGAUACCGAAAAGUAUGAUUUGUCAUCGAUACGGAUGCUCAAGUCAGGGGCAGCUCCCCUGGGGAAGGAGCUUGAAGAUACUGUUAGGGCCAAGUUUCCUCAAGCCACGCUUGGUCAGGGAUACGGGAUGACAGAGGCAGGGCCUGUGCUAGCAAUGUGCCUGGCAUUUGCCAAGAAGCCCUUCCAAAUAAAACCAGGGGCUUGUGGAACUGUUGUCAGGAAUGCUGAAAUGAAGAUCGUUGAUCCUGAAACUGGAGAAUCCCUGCCAAGAAACCAGCCUGGAGAGAUUUGCAUUAGAGGAGAUCAAAUCAUGAAAGGAUACCUUAAUGAUCCUGAGGCCACAGCAAGAACCAUAGACAAACAAGGAUGGUUACACACAGGCGACAUUGGAUACAUUGAUUAUGAUGAUGAGCUCUUCAUUGUUGAUAGAUUGAAGGAAAUAAUCAAGUACAAAGGUUUUCAGGUUGCCCCUGCCGAAAUCGAAGCAAUGUUACUAGCACAUCCUGACAUAUCCGAUGCUGCUGUGGUUGGAAUGAAAGAUGAGGAUGCUGGAGAAGUACCGAUUGCAUUUGUAGUGAGAUCAGACAAAUCCCAAAUAACUGAAGAUGAAAUUAAGCAAUAUAUACACAAACAGGUGGUGUUUUACAAAAGAAUAAGUCGUGUAUUCUUCAUAGAAUCCAUUCCAAAGGCACCCUCUGGCAAAAUCUUAAGGAAAAUCUUGAGAGAAAAAUUGGCAACUGAUUUUAAAAAAUAAACUUAUUCCUCCUUUAUAAUUUAUUUUAAAAUUGGAAGGGAACGUCUAUAGGUGAUGCAUGCCUGGAUUGGUAUAGUCAAAUGCAAGUGUCAAGCUUAUUUAUGUAUGUUAAUUUAUUUCUUGGGAGAACACAAAUUCUCUUGUUAAUUACCUCAUUAAUUAUUGUUAUUAUUUUGUUGGUUACAA